GUAAUUGUUGGUCUGUGACAGCUGACAGUGACGUUUGGGCUUUUCGCGCCUCUGGGGGAAUGCCUCUCUCUCUACGAGCACGAGCGCUUCAAGAUGGUUGCUCUGCUGUAAGACUGUCUUUUCAUUGAAUAACAAACAUCCUACACUACAUGGUGGCAGCGGUGGACAGCAUCAACUGCAAGUGGAGAGAGAUCGAGUGUGAGAAAAAACUAUUGCUAAGAUGUCGGGAACCAAGAGUAAUAUGGUUGAGCCUCCCAAGGCCAUGGACUUUGAGGAUCCGGCGGCUUGGACGAGGUGGAUUCAGAGAUUUAGACAAUAUAUAAAAAUAUGCAAUGUAACGGACGAUGAAGAAAGAAGAGAUUUAAUGUUGUAUUGCAUUGGAGAAAGAAGUGGGGAGGUAAUGACUCAAAUUGGAAAGAAAGAAACGUUCGAGGAAAUUGUGCAGGGAUUUGAAAACUAUUUUGAACCAAGAAGAAACAUAAUAUUUGAAAGAGCGAAGUUCCACAACAGAAAACAAUUGGCUGGAGAAACCUUUACAACCUAUAUAACCGAAAUUUACAAUCUCGCAAAAAACUGUGAAUUCGAGAAGAUCACUAAGGAAGAGAUAAUGAGAGACAAAAUAGUUGUUGGCAUCAACAAUAGCAAGUUAAGUGAAAAACUCCAGCUUACUCAGAAUUUAACCCUACAAAUGGCCAUAGAUAUUAUAAAACAACAUGAAUCACAAACCAAACAAACAGAGGAAUUAUAUGAGGAGCGGGAAGUCGGGAGAAUCAAAAAGGAAUUCAAGGAACAAAACAGAAAAUGUGGGGCUUGUGGCUUUCAACAUUAUAAUAAGAUAACUUGCCCUGCAAAGGACAGCAACUGUCAUCGAUGUGGGAAGAGAGGCCACUAUGCAAGAGUAUGUAGAAAUUUGAAAACUGUACAAGUAAUUGAACAAAAAGAAAAUCACUUCGAAGAAGGAGUUGGGUCAAUUUAAGGAUGAGAUUCAUAUCAAACUGAAACCUGAUGCGAAACCUUUUGUGCAAGCAGUGCCUAGAGUGGUUCCGAUACCACUAUUA